UUUCUCGCUGUCAUUCGGCCGCAGUCGGUUCCCGGAGAGAGUGGUAGUAACCAAGAAGAGCCACACAGGAGCAGAGACAGCAAGAAAAGACGCACAAGUCAGGCGAACGAUGAAACCGACUGAAUAAAGCUUGGCAGAGAACAGCUGUCGAACAUAUGUGAGCUGCUCCGAGAAGUGUUUGAUGAUAAGAGUGCAGAUUAGCGGCAGUAGACAGAGCGCUGUGUCAUUGAGCAGGCAGGACACGUCAAGAGUCUAGAGAGAAAAAGCUGACCGACUGCACGAGUCAGCUAUCAAACCACCUCUGAAAAACUCCUGUCUGCUACAAGCUUUCCAUCAUCGUAAGAUUUCCACCUGAGGGGACGAAACAACUAUAAAAACUCGCCGAGGUCGAAAGUGGUAAUCAGAAGGAGCAACCGAUCACGGGAUAGCAUUUGUGAGUGUGGGUGAGAAAACAAAUGGGGGAUUACGGGUUUGGAGUCCUAGUUCAAAACAAUACUGGCAACAAGUCUGCUUUCCCGGUCCGAAUCCACCCGCAUCUGCAGCCCCCGCACCACCACCAGAAUGUGUCGCAGAGCCCUCCUGCUUUUAUAAAUAACACUACAGUCGCAGGGAAUGGCACCACAGGAGGCUCUCCUUGGCUGUUUUCUGCCUCUGCCACCCACAACAGUGUCCAAGACGAAAUCCUGGGGGGUUCAGACAAGCCCAAAGCACAGCAGCAACAGGAAAUGCAAGAAACUCAAGAAAAGCAACAGCAAUUGUCCCCUGGGAGUCAUCAGGAGAGUGGGAGUGGUGUUGGGAUCAUUUCAGAACUGGAAAAAUCCCGAUCAGAGGAAGUCAAAACAGACAAUGGCACAUCUGAAGGAACUAAUGGUAAAGAGAAACAGCUACGUCUUGAGUCUCCAGUCCUGACAGGCUUUGAUUACCAGGAGACCUCUGGUCUUGGGGGGACUGCAGUUCAGUCUAGUACGACCUCGUCAUCCCUUACUGGUUUUAACUGGUCUGCAGCCAUUCCACCGGCCCCAUCCACGAUAAUCAAUGAGGACGUUAGCUUCUUUAAUCCAGCCUCUGCCAACAAUGGCCCUCUGCUGUUCCAGAACUUCUCACACCAUGUUAGCCCAGGGUUCGGGGGGAACUUCUCACCCCAGAUUGGUCCAGCGGCUGCCUUGUCCCAGCACCAUCCACCUCCCCCACCACACCCACACUUCCAGCACCCCCACAACCAACACCAGCAGCAUCGGCGGUCCCCAGCCUCUCCUCACCCUCCACCACCCUUUUCACACAGGAAUGCAGCCUUCAGCCAGUUGCCACACUUGUCCAAUACCUUAAAUAAGCCACCUUCCCCCUGGGGUCCAGCCAGCUACCAGAGCCCCUCUCCUUCCCCUGGCUCCUCUACCUCCUGGAGCCCAGGAGGCUAUGGCAGUGGUGGCGGUGGAUGGAGUGGGUCUCAGGGCAGAGAAUAUCGCCGAGGGCUGAAUGGUGGUAUGACCCCCAUAAACUCAAUCUCUCCACUGAAGAAGACCUUCCCCAAUAACCACGUUGCAUCCCAGAAGUACCCCCGAAACAGUCCUGCAGGCUUUAAUCCCAAGUCCUGGAUGGAUGAUGGUGUUGGUCGCAGUGACAACAUCUUCCCCUUCCAGGAGCGUACCAGGUCAUUCGAUGGCUUCAACAUGAACACUCUGGAGAGCUCACUGAUUGACAUCAUGAGGGCUGAACAAGACACUCUGAAAGGUCGUCUGGGGUUUCCCCAUCCUGGAGGGGACAGCCCUCUGCCCCUUAAUGCCAGGAAUUAUAACAGGAGACGAGGCCAUUCCUCUCUCUUCCCCAUGGAGGAUGGUUUCCCUGAUGAUGACCGUGGUGAUCAAGGGCUCGCGGGAUUGGGAUCACCACACUGUUUUCCUCACCAGAAUGGAGAGCGUGUUGAACGCUACUCACGCAAGGUUUUUGUUGGUGGGCUUCCUCCAGAUAUAGAUGAAGAUGAGAUAACAGCCAGUUUCCGGCGUUUUGGUCACCUGUUUGUGGACUGGCCACACAAAGCUGAGAGCAAAUCAUAUUUUCCUCCCAAAGGCUACGCCUUCCUGCUGUUUCAGGAUGAGAGCUCCGUGCAGGCUUUGAUCGAUGCUUGCAUUGAGGAAGACGGCAAACUGUAUCUGUGUGUGUCUAGCCCCACCAUCAAAGACAAGCCGGUCCAGAUCCGUCCGUGGAACUUGAAUGACAGCGAUUUUGUGAUGGAUGGCUCUCAGCCCCUGGACCCGAGGAAAACCAUUUUUGUUGGAGGUGUUCCUCGUCCUCUCCGUGCAGUGGAGCUAGCCAUGAUCAUGGACCGCCUGUACGGUGGCGUUUGCUAUGCUGGGAUCGACACAGACCCUGAACUGAAGUACCCCAAGGGAGCUGGGCGGGUCGCUUUUUCUAAUCAGCAGAGCUACAUUGCUGCUAUCAGUGCUCGCUUUGUGCAGCUGCAGCAUGGAGAAAUCGAUAAACGGGUGGAAGUGAAGCCAUAUGUGCUGGAUGACCAGCUGUGCGACGAGUGCCAGGGAACUCGGUGUGGCGGGAAGUUUGCACCAUUCUUCUGCGCCAACGUCACCUGCCUGCAGUAUUACUGUGAGUACUGCUGGGCGGCCAUCCACUCACGCGCCGGACGAGAAUUUCACAAACCCCUGGUGAAGGAGGGAGGUGACCGACCUCGUCACAUCUCCUUCCGUUGGAAUUGAGUGGAACAACUGAGAGGGAGAGGCGACAGGGGAGCAGGAGGGCAGGUAGUGCAGGAGUCGCAAAUCAUUGUACAAAUAAAUGCACUUUUCUGUUGCUGGUUCCUUUUUGCUCCAAGUACACCCAACCUUUUUCUCAUUUUUUUUUUUAAAUUAACAUAUAUAUGUAGUACAUAUAUAUAUUAAAGAUAGAAAAAUUAACUGGGAUUAUAUCAAAUAUUUCCAGCCAGGAAAAAAGAUGUGGCAUAAUUUCUGCAUUUGAUUUGAAAUAUUUUUAUUAGUUCACAAAUAAAUAAAUAAAUAAAAGAUUCUGUGGCAUAUAGGAACGAUUGAGGUGAGAAAUGGUACUCUGAUUCAGUUGGCAUAUUGUUUGCAAGUUAUUUAAGAAAAAAAUACAUUUAGUUUGAAUGUGAAAGGAAACCCCAAAACGAAAACUUUCUUUCACACAAAGUUGACUGGUUUUGUAGCAGAGCUAUUGCUUUUUCUUUUUUUUUCUUUUUUUUUUUGAAUAAAAUAUAUAUUUUGAACCAAGGCAAAAUGUUAUUGAACCAGUGAGUCACUGGUUAUUUAUUUCUGUUAGUGUGAUUCUUUUUUUUUCCUUUUCUUUUCUUUUUCUUCAUGCAAGAGGCUCCAGAGCAAAUGUGGCUUGAAAAAGGUGUUGCUAAAGAAGGGUGCACUUAUUUCCAAUCUGAAUAGUUCAGAGACCCUUAGUUGUUAACUAAAGCUGAAUUUUAGUCAACUUUGAAGAGCAGAAUGGACCCACUGCAUAACGAAAUUGAUUGUUCCCCUCCAUAUUAAAACACUUGAACCUCUCUUUGCAUGGUUUCCAAGCCCACACCAUUAACUAUGAUGUUACUUGAAAAUCGCAUCAGUUUUAGCAACACACACUUGGGUUGUGAUCUCCAUUCUGACAUGCAAACUAAUACCUCAGACUCAGCUGCUAAUGUGCCGAAUACAGUUUUAAAAAAGAUUAUUUAAAAAAGAAGAAAGAAAGAAGGAAACAAAGAAAACUGUAGCACCCGCUGGUGUUCUCCUUCCCUUUCAACGUAAUCAGAGGGAAGUGAUGCAACAGGCAGAGUGUGAUGUAACUGGCACAGUUUUCAUCACCUCAUUUUUCUAAUCAAAUCCAGGGUUGUUCUCGCGACAGACGAGAGCAUCGUACAGUAUAUUAGGGGAAUGUAUGACAGAGAGGCUACAUGCGAUUUUAGACAGGUUGGCUGGUGACGAGAUGAGUGCAACUCCACUUCUCUCUCCUCACUUCUUCCUCUGGGUUUUCUCCGCUAUGCUAAGAGCUAGCAGAGGGCGGGGUGCCAUGUACGGAUCAUCACCCUUGUUUAGUGUUGUUAAACACUGGGGCUUUGAUCCAGAUCCUUCAGGACUGAGGCGGAAUAAUCUCAUCGAGAGAUGACUGGUCAACUGGACGCCUUUUGUUGCAGUAAGAGGCUGCCACUAAAUGGGAAAUGCCUGUCUUUGAGUUUUUUAUGUAUUUGUGCAAUUUUCCCAAGUUGGAAAUGAAGUUCUAGAAGGUCUACUUGUUUUUUGUUUUUUUUUUUCUUUUUUUUUUGGCAUUUGGUUUUCAGCUAUGUUUAACUAAAGAAGCAGUUAAAGUUUGUGUGAUUUUUGCCAAAUCAUUAGCACAUGUUCGAGUAAUGGAGGGGGUCUUGCCUUUUUUUUUUUUUUUUUUUUUUGACGAAAUCCGCCGCUGCCCUUUCUCCUGCCAAGCUAAUCCAACUCAGCAUCCAGUGUUUUUGAAGCAUAAAUGAAGAUAGUCCCCGCAGCGUGCUCUACUACUACAUGCAUGCAGUUUGCUAUUGAUAAGACUGCAGUUCCAACGGUGUUGUACCCAGUGUCUUUUUGGGAACCAAAGAUAGCUGUGGAGUAGUGGGUCAUUCUGUCAACCACUUUUCCUUUAGUUUUUCCCCUCAAGGAUGUUUCCCCUCCCCCCUUUACAUUUAAUCUCUCACUUGUACCCACUUUACUUAAGUUCCAAUUCCAGAAUGGACUCCAGCAAACCAAAGAUUGGCCUUUAACAUAUUUGUAUCUAACAGUGCAGACAAACACUAUUAAGAACACAAGUGGAAAUGUAUGACAGGGCUCACACGGGAAGGCCUUACGCUGUCCAAAAUGGAGGUGUACACUCAAAGGCACUUUUUUCCAGAAAGUUAUUAUUGCAAAUAGGUCUGCGUGUUGCUCAUGUUUGGGGGGGAAAGUAACACGGUGCACGUUCAGGCAGCGAAAGUGAAACUAAUCUUCACAUUUGUUGGACGUUUUAAGUAACUCUGUGGUAUUCUACUAGCUGAGCAUUUAAAUAUGUCAGGGAGUUAGUUGAGAACUAUAAACUUGAUUAAACACACUAGUGAGUAACGUUAUCCUCAUGUCGGCGUGGUGUUGUGGCACCAGUUUUGCACCCUGGACAUUGGUUUUGUGGGGGUGGUUGGGUGAGCAUUUUUGAAGUUAAAAACACUUUGUGAAGAAUUUGCUGUUAAAAUGAGAUGAAAAAAAAAAUAAUUUUAUACAUGGCCUGCUGAUUUUUGGUACAGUGUUUUCUAGCUAAAUUAUUUUGUCAUGCACAUAUAAACAUUUAUUAUGCACUACUUUUUCUAAAUACUUUUUUCUUUUUCCAACAGUCAUUUUAGGCACAUUUUUCACAAAUGGGGAAACUCCUUUUUGCAAUACCUCAAUUUUUCACAUUGUGAAAGGUAGCUUUUGUACUUUUGUUACUGAGAGAUCUGCAAAUAUGGAAAUGUUCAUUUUAAGAAAAAAAAAAAGUGGAGUGAUUUCAAAUAUAUCAUUUUCAAUUAUGUUUUUUAUACAUUUCAGUGCUGAGGAAUCUUUACAAUAAGUGCGCGCUUGUGUUGAUGCGACUUCAGAUCUGCAGAGGAGAGACAAAAGUGUCACUCUUUUUUUUCUUGGUCUUUGCUUUUAGUACGAGUCAAUUUGGUCAACAGCAUGGCAAGAGACAAUGGAAAAAAUAAGUAGUAAUGUGAUGUCGGCGUCUCUAAAUAUGGCUCUACUAGUUGGGAUAUGGCAACUUCUGUCUUGGUUUCUUUCUCCAUAGCUGGAGUAUAACUUAUUCUAAGGAGAAUGCAAAACGUUGUUCACGCUUAACGCUAAAUCUCUAUCACAGGAAUGGAUGUUUAGUGUUUAGAUAUUUUAAUAUUUGAAAAAAAUAUAUAAAUAUAUCUAUAUAUAUAUCUAUAUAUAGAUAUAUAUAUUCAACUUGCCAACUAGUACCUAUUGUAAUCCUUAGCAUGCAUGACAAAAGAGAAAAUAAGUACAUGAAUUAGCUAUUAAAACUAAUUGUUGUGGUGUGCACCAAAUGUUUCUCAACUAUUACAUUAAGGACACCCCGAGUCCGCUCACCUCCCCCCUACCAUCCCUACGUGUUGAUCUCCUCUCUUCCCCAUUCGCAGAUCUCUGCAGGAUGCACAUGACAAAGAAACAAAGUUUAAAAUCAAUUUGGCAUGGCAGGAUUUUGAGCAUCCAUACAGAACACUGUUUAAAAAAACACACACACAAAAAAAAAACAAAAAACAAACUUGAUGUCGUCCCCAAGGCGAUCUUGUACCUACCUAUUUUAGGAAGGGUAGCUUAAAGACUUGAAUGUGGUAAAUGUUGCAAGUUAACUUCAAGUUGUUAUGUGCAAUACUUCUUUUGAACCUUUUUCCAGAUAAAGACUCUUUGCAAUGUUCUUUAAUGCCAUUUUUAAUUGCAGACAUUUAAUUAAAGAAGAUGUUAAUAUGUUUUUCAGUCAUUUUCUACUGUUAUUGUAAUCCUUUUCAUGCUGGUGUUUGUAAAAAAGAAAAGAAAUCAAACUAUUUGUACUAAUAUAAAUAAUUGAAGUUAUUUUUAAAACAUUAAAGGUUUUGUGCUCAUUUGCUUAUUUUAUUUCAAGCUACUGUGAUUGAUUGCAUUGUAAUUAUUAGGUCAACAAUGUAUUUAGCUGUUUAUUGGUAUAUUUUUAAUUGGAAUGUAUAAUUGAUUUUUAUAAUUUUGAUCAGAUUUUUGUUAUAUUUUUGAGGUGAAGCUUUUAAUAUGUUAAAGUGUCUAGUUUUUACUAAUUGCUAUAUUGUGCUCCACAAUAUAUGGUUCACAUUUUCUGAAGGAAAAUAAAUAUUUAAAUAUGUCUGUUUAUGAUGUUACUUAAUGGCAAGAUUUCAAUAGUUUUUAACUGUGUAUGGGAAGGUUGUUGUAUUUAUUAAUAGUUUUGUUUUUGUUUUUUUUUUUACUUAAGAUAUCACCUUAAUUUUUGUCAUUUCACUUUAUAAGUUACAUUUUUGUAUUUUCCUUUCUAAUUAAGUUAUGUAAUACGGAUAUGUCCAUAUUUCUAGGAGUUGGUCUGUAGAAGUGCUAGUGAAAUGAAAAAGAAAAAUCUAAUGUUAUUUAAUUGUUUGCAGCCAACUAUUUAUAACAGUAUGCAUAAUUUUUAAAUAUUUGUAAUGUGAAAUGUUGAAUGAAAUAAAUCUUAACUGUGAUGAAAA